AUGAUUAUUAAAGGAAUUAAAAGAACCUAAAAUAUUUUAAAAUUUAAUUUGUGCACUCUAAAUUAUUCUGAAAUUUUGCUAAAGAAUUAUUUUGAAAAGGAUUAUUAUCAAUAAAUAUCUCAAGAAUGCUCAGAAAACACAAAAAUUUAACAUAAUAUGUUCAGAAUAAAUGGAAACAAAAUAGAUAUUAUUUCAAUCCCUAAAUUUCAUAACGAGCAAACUACUACUAAUAACUUUUUCACUUUACUCUAAUAUUGCAGAGACUGCUCUGAAUAGAAUGAAAUUUCACUUAUUGGAAUUGAUCCUUACUAUCACAUUUGUGAUAAAAUUAACUUAAAAUUUAUAGAAGACAAUUAAUUCAAUUUUCUUGAAGAUAGCUUGAUAGGAAAUCAAAAUGAUUUUAAUCUAAACAAUACCAAUAUAUAAGAUUGGAUAGAUAAUAUCUAAUUAGAUUUGAAGGUAUUUGAUCAAUUAAAAGCUUAAUAAUAUCAAAAAUAAUAUCAAUAAGACCACCAAGAAAAAAAUUGUGGAUGCAAACAUGAUAAAUAUCCAGAAAAUUACUAUUCUUAAAUAUUUGACUAUAAAAAUUAAAGUAAAAUAGAUGACAUUAAAUAGAGAUAGUAAGAUUUAUAAUAAAUUAUUUUGGAAAGAGUAAGUAAUAAAGAAGAAAUAGAAACAUUAGAGUUUCCUUUAAUGUAGAAAGCUAUUGAUUUUAGUCUGGGUCUCAAGAAAAAUAUAUUUUUGGGAGAAUUACCUAAAUUCUUUGUGAAAAAAUUUAUGGCUUAACAUUACUCUAUGCUCGAAUUGGAAGAGAUAUUAGAGUCUCUGCUAUAAUAAUCUAAAAACUAAUAGAAGAUAAACUAAAUUAGACACUUAUUCAACAAAGAAUUCUUUUAUAAACAGAAUUAUUUAAUUAUUGCAUAUUAAGCUUUCCUGAUUCAUUAAUUAGUUUAACAAAAACAGAAAUCCAUUACUGUUUUCGUAAAGAAUUACCAAUCAUAACCAUUGAUAUAGAUAAUACAACACCUAGCUAAUGAUUAAUAAUCAUACAAAAAUUUUAUAAAUUCUUUUAGUUUGAAGCUAACAUAGUCAUCUUGUAAUAAUACUAUUGAAUUAUAGAAGAAAUAACUCAUCCUUAGCUUGUUGUAUUGGGAAAAUAAUUUUUAAAAAUAUGGUUUAAAUUAAAAAUGA